GCGGGGAGCGGGCACGGAGAGCGUUCCGCGGGCACGGCAGGCAGUCCGGCCCCGCGGAACGGGCACAGCAGGCACGGAAUGGGCACGGUGGAACGGGCACGGUGGAACGGGCACAGCGGGCGGGCGGUGUGGCGCGGCCCGCGUGGCGCCGUUCCGGACACAUCCAGAGCUGGAGCCGGCCCUGGGUCACCUGCGGCAGGUGGCCCUGCCUUGGCCGGGCGGGUGGGGCGAUGGUCGCCUUCCAUCCCCAGGGGUUCCGGGGCUCUGGGAAUGUACGAGGGGCGCUCGCAGAGAAAUGCCCGGUGCCGGAGAGCUGCGGUGCGCACCAGGGAAUUCCCAUCCCGCGAGGGAUCCCCACGAGGAGUCAUAACUCGAUUGUGGGAGAUUGCGUGAGAGGAGUUGUAAAAAGGUGUGUUCUGGUUAUUUUUUAGUGGUACAGGCUUGUGUGAAAGGCCUGAGAGUUCGUAGGGCAGAGCAUGCACGGACUGUGGAAGGCAGUGCCCUUUAUACCGCUCUUCCUAUACAUCUCCAAACGCUUUAUACCUGCUGCCUUUGUUUUAUCUCAUGGACUCUAAUCUUUUAGGCAGUGAUCUAACACUGCUGAAGUGUUUUGCUGCCUGUGCUGAAUGGGGUUAUCUGGAGCAGAUGUUUUGUGCAUCCUUUGAACUGAGCACUUAAUUAUACAUCCUGAUAAAACAGAUGCUAAAAACUAGAUUCCACAUGGUAAUUUAUCUUUUUAACAAUGAAACAAAUGUUUGCCAGGAGCUCAAAUGCUAUGAUAAUGGAAUUUUUAAUUAUUCCAAAUUAAAGUGCUAGAUAGCUUGCAGGGAAAAUGUAGUUCACUAAUAAAUUUGUUACAAUAUUAAGAAAUAACUAAAGCACAGUGAGUGUUAUAUACACAGAUUGCUUUCCCCCCCGUGUUUAUAUUUGUUAAAACUGCCAAACUCCACUGAUGUGGCUUUAUGGCCUCCUGUUUAUAAACGCAUUCCUGUUUGUCAGAAGGAGAGGUGGAAUUCACAAGGGUUUUACGAGGAUAGCAUUGUGCUGAGAAAAAUAAAAGAUGAGUUGCGUAUUCUGAACAAAUAAUCCUGACACCUAGAGGCGCUCAGCAAAAAUGCAAAAAACCACACAAACCCAACUCAUCUCAAAAAGGGAAGGCAAAUUCAACGUGCCAGUGAUUUUCCCAAGGAAAGCUCACGCAAGAUUUGGAUGGGCAUUACACUAUCAAAUAAGCAAAAAUUACAGCACACGCCAGCUACUCUUGUAAAGCUUUGUGUAUUUUUCUGUCUAUGUCAGAGGAAAUUAACAAGAAAUAAACUACAUUUGUGUAUGUCAGCUGCCAUGAAAUACUUUCCUUGUCAAUUCCAUUCAUUCAGAUAUAUGUAAAAACAUUUAUUUAUUCUAGAUUAUGGGGACAGCAACAAAGAUAAAAAAAGUAAUUUAAGUAUGCUGGAUUAAAAACAAAAUACCAGAGGCCUUAAAAAUCAGAGCAAACCCAUGAACUUGGUAUUUAUAGAUACAUGCAAAACUUUUACGUUCUUCAAAAGUUAGCUUUCAAACAAACUUUUUCCACUGAUGUUUGGACAGAGUUUUGAGAUCUUGGAGAACUAUUCUAAAGAAGUUUUGCUUUCAUGAGUGCACUCUAGGGAAUGCAGGUCGGUUUGUAUGAAGAAUGGGAAAUCACGGCCGUGAGGCACGUUGAAGGAAAGCCCAUCGUACCCGAGAGCUGUUCAGUUAAACCCUCCUGCGGUAAACGCCUCUUUAUUGAACCACACUGGAGGCAGUCGAACAGCUUUUCUAACCAACUACGUGCCUUUUUUCCACUUUGUCUGCAGAGAGAGCAUCAGCAGCUGACAGCGCCUCAGGGGAUUUUAUGGAUGCAGCAGGGAGGCACGGCGGGCACAGCGGCUGUGUCAGGCACAGCCGGACAGCUCGGGAGUGCCCGCACGGCCGAGCGCUGCUCCUGCCACCAGGGCUGCCCCGGGCCGGGCUGCGCGGCCUGUCCGGAGCGCUGCGCUCGGUGCUGGCCCCUCGCGGCACCGGGGCCACCGGCGGGCUGCUGGACGUGCCCAGCGAGGCCACCAGAGGGGUGGGAAGCGCGUCCCGGGAGGAGCGGCCCUUGGAGGACGGGAAGCCGUCCUGGGAGGGAGCUGAGGGGGCUCCGGGGGCGCCUCCGGCUCCCCUCAGCCCCCUGGCAGCAGCGCACCGGGAGCUGCGGGCCGCGCGUCCUGCCGCGCCCGCAGCGAGGCCCCGCGGGAAAGGCCUCAGGCCGCACUCAGGCUAGGCGCUCGGGAAGGCUGCCCCGCCGCUCGGGCACCGGGAGAGGAUGGCCAGCGGGGCGACGCAGCCACCAGCCCGGAGGUGCUGACCAGGAUGCGGCGCUGCCCCGCGGUUCGGGAGGCCGAGCUGGGCACACGUUCUGGCCGGCUGGCCUCACGGGGCCGUGCCCGCUGCCCACUGUGCCCAGGGCCCGGGGCCGUGCCUGGUGCGCGCUGUGCCCGGUGCCAAGCCCGGUGCCUGCUGUGCCCGGUGUCAGGCCCAGGGCCAUGCCCGGUGCCCACUGUGCCUAGUGCCAGGCCCGGUGCCAUACCUGGU